AUGUCCAUCGACCUAAACUGGGAAACCGUCACUGGCGGUCCCGACGGCCAGGAACUCGCCAACAAAAUCCGCGACUUCAUCCACACCAAGUUCCAAGCCAUCCCCCUGCCACGCUUCAUCAAGUCCGUCACAGUCCACGACUUCCAGUUCGGCACUAUACCGCCCGAAAUCGAGCUCAAAGACAUCACCGACCCGUUGCCAGACUUCUACGAAGACAAUGUCGACUCAGACCUAGCAUCAGAAGACUCAGAGCCCGAAGAAGAUGUUGGCCCUCCGUCUGCGCAUACCAAUCAUUUCGCUGAUGAACGCCGACGGAGGGUUGGGGAAGCGGGAAUUCUGAAUAGAGCAGGAAACCCGCCGCCGUAUAGUUAUGGGUUACACGGCGGGUUGCCGGGGUCAAGGAACGGGGAGCUGGGCAGUCCGUUUUUACGAGUCUCGACCCCCGGUAUUCCGGGAGGGACGUCAAACCUGCAUUACUUUCAUCCGCAGUUUACCGGCCUAUCAGGGACGCAGACACCUCUGGCCGCGGUAGCAGGCGCACAUCACCUAGGCACCUGGCUCGAGGGACACGGGCAUAGCGCCUCAUCGCCAAAUAUCCACCAGCAUUACGGAUCACAUUUUAUCCAGUCUCCUCAAGAGCCGGUGCACUAUAGGAACCAUUCACAGAGCUCGAUCUCCGUAGGAGGAGAUAUCAGUCCCGCUGUGGCAGUUCGCCCCCCAUCGCCAUCGCCCGCAGGCAGGUCCGGCACCAGCCCUCCUCCGUCGGCAGGACAUUCCCUAAAAGAAAAGCACAGCGUCUCAACACUGGCGCCUACAUCGGUUGGUGCCUCAGCAACGGGGAAUACAGGCCCGCCGACGAGGGAUGCGGCGACGGCGCUGAUGGGGUCUGCUAUUUCCGAUGAGGAGGAACCCCCUAAUUACUCUUCCCAGCCUACUACCGCCAAACCCUCUUCUCAACCCCAACCACAAACAUCGCCACAACAAGCGAAACAACAGCAGCAACCCCAACCCCAACCCCAAACCCCCCCUCCCAAACCCCGAUCCCAACCCCGCUUCCGCGAGCGCCGCGUCGACGACCUCCAAGCUGUCUUCCGCAUACGCUACGCGGGGGAUGUGAAGCUCCUUCUCACAGCCGACAUCCUGCUCGACUACCCCAUGCCCAGCUUUGUCGGCAUCCCAGUCCGACUAAGCAUCACAGGUCUAACCUUCGACGGCGUGGGUGUGUUAGCCAAGAUCAGAAGGCGAGUUCAUUUCUGUUUUCUAAGUCCCGAGGAUGCGGUCAUUGCUGUCGGUGCCAACGGGGGAGGAGGGAACUCAUCAAGUGGGAGUGAGGAGGAGGUGAGCGGAGGGCCGCAGGUUAGAAGAAGGUCGGUGCCGAACUCGCCUCCACCCAUGGGGACUGGGGGCACGAAGUUAGGGGGUCUGUUGCAGGAGAUAAGGGUCGAGAGCGAGAUUGGGGAGAGGGUGAGCGGGAAGCAGAGCUUGAGGAAUGUCGGGAAAGUGGAAAGGUUUGUGCUGGAGCAGGUAAGGAGGAUAUUCGAGGAAGAGUUGGUAUACCCUAGUUUUUGGACAUUUUUGGUGUAG